GUAACUACACAGCUACAGAUUAUUGGAAUUUUGUACUUUUGUUUUUAUUUGUGCACCUUUUGGCAUGAAUGCAUCAUGUGAUCAUCUAUUACAUUUAUUAUCUAAAACUUGCACCUCAAUUGAAUAAAUAUAGUUACAUUCCAUCCCUGCAUACAGUAAAUACAUACUGUUGUAUUAAGUACCGUGAAAGUCAGCCAUGUGAAUAGUACUGAGCAGAAGUCUUAAAGUAUCUGAUAUUAAAAUUAAAAGUAACAUACAGUAGCAGGAAAUGUAAAGUAAAGUCUUACACGGAUCUUCAGUAAACGUACUUAGUUACAAGUAACUAAGUUACUUUGAUGUAACAUCCUCGGUGUGACAGCAGUACCGAGCGUGUACUUGUACUUGCAGUACUUCUGUCACAACACGGACCCGAACUGUCCCGGUACAACAGUCCUGCCGUCCGCCGGCAGCGGGCUGCGGAGCCCCGCUGCUGAGCCCCGCUGCUGAGCCCCGCUGCAGCCCGCCGACUUCACCGUCGCUCCGCCGGAGACAAGAGGUUAAAGUGUGCGGAGCGGAAGAGGGGAGGCGGGGGGAGGAAGGAGGAAGGGACGGUCCUGCCUUCCUCCUUCACACGGAGUCAAACUACUUUCAGGCCACUUUCACAAACUUUAAAGUUUCAGUAAAACCUCCGCAGCUUCGCACCGCCGUCAGUCCACACAGCGACGCCGGCGGGCUGAGAGGACCCGCGGGGUGACGGACGGCGACAUGUCGGAGGGAUCCGGGGCCGCCUGGAUGUGACUGACAGGAGGAUGGAGGGAGAGAAAGAGACGGCCGAGGAGAAGGAGGAGGAGGAGGAGGAGGAGAAAGAGCUUCUUCACAUCGCUGCGGCGACCUCUGUGGACUACCCGGGCCUUCCCAUCAUGCACUGGGAGGACCUGAGCCAGCGGAUAGCUGAGUUGGAGAAACAGGAGCAGGAGAGGAGGGAGAGGUCAAAGAGGGGGACGGGGGUGAGUGUGGAGGAGAGUCAGGGGGGAGUGUGGAGAGACGUCUGGGAGGAAGAGGAGGAAGACUUCAGGAGGUGUCGAGUGACGCAGAGAUUUCACAACCACAGAAACCUGCAGCUGUGCUUCAUCAACAACAGCGACAGUGAAGACGAGGAGGAAGGAGGCAGCAAAAAGGUUUCCAAGGGAACGGGUGGCAACGGUUGCCAUGCCGCUGGGCUAAAACAGGAAGUGGCCACGGCUCUGAGGACGCUGAGAGACAAACUGCUGGCUGAACAGAAGGAGAAGGAGCAUCUGGCCGGCAGCAGCAGUGUUUCCAAGCGGAAACAUCUGGAGCGCUGGGAGCUGCAGGAGUGUUCAGAGCAGCAGCUCAGCAGCUUGAGAGCAUCACUACAACAGGACGUGCACGCUCUGAGCUCCGAGCUGGUGGCCCACCUGUUGGUACGAGACCAGCUGAGGACCAAGCAGGACGCCAUGCUGCUGGACGUCCAGGACCUGACCUAACAGGACCGCACAGACCACCAGAACAUUUGUCCACUCUGGGACCAGGAAGGGCUGCUCGUCCACGUCAGCCCAGAACAAAAUGUAAGCAGACCUGCUAAUUAAUGGAAACUGACGAAUCACCAGCAGUCUGGACAACAAAGAGGGAAACAUGGCUCAGAUUCAAAGGAAAUCACCUGAAAAAACCCAAAUAUCAUAGUGACAAUUCUGUUCUGGGAUCGACGACAAAUAACCAACGUGAAACCAACAGAAGUUUGAUCACAGACUGAUGAGACUUCAACACGCAUCCAAGGAAACGAGAAGAAACCUAGAACUGACAGGAGGUCAGUGUUUCAGAUCAACAGAGGAACAAAUUGUUUGGAAGCUGAAUCCAAACGUCUACAAUCAGGAUGAGAUGAGACAAGAAGGCAGAAGAUGGUUUGAUGGUUCCAACAUCUUCACUUGACACGUUCAGCACACACACAGACACACUCCGACACACCGACACACACCGACACACUCCGACACACACCGACACACUCCGACACACACCGACACACUCCGACACACUCCGACACACUCCUACACACUCCG